UUACCGAGUUCAGACAAGUUGUCGCGAAUCCGAAAUUUUAUAUGUUUUAGUUCCCUUUUUUAUCGACCUGGCAACACCGAUAACAGACACGAAGUUAGUUAAAAAAGGGUCUGUGAGCAAGUUCAGGGCGAAGCGCUUGUUAUUGUUAUUAUUAUGGUUGUGAGCAGCGGUGUGAGAAAACAGGGACCGAUAAAUAAUUUGUUGACGGUGCCUGUUAAUCAAAUUCCCGCAAUCACAUUUGUAGAAAUUACAACCUUGAACUUUGAAAGGUAUAUAUUAUUCAAAAUAUCAUUAAAAACAAACUGCUUUGACUUGUACAACGCAUAAGAACUUGAUGAGAAGAUAUCAUGUAAGUAUACUUGGUUGUACUUUGCAAUAAUACAAUGAUUUGAAUUAUAACAGCCAAAAUAUUGUUUUCAAAUUGUUGCAAACUUAACACUUUUAUUAUGUGGUGGUUGCAUUCUUUCAAUUAAAGAGCUAAAGAAAGCACAGCUUUUACUCAGUGAGAUUCCUAUAGGAAUAUAUUUAAAUAGUUAAAUUAUUGAUACCUAUUUUAUUGUGUCCAUUAAAUGGUUGAUGAUAAAAUAAUUAAUUUACAUGCUGAAGUGUACAGUUUAGUUUCAGUUUAUUUAAUUAUCAUAGAUUAUUCUAAGGAUAACUAUCAAACAUUUACUGAGAGUGUUAAUAAUUAAUUCACAAUAAUGAAACAUGUGUGAUCAAGUUGUAAUUGCCAGAGCAGGGGCUAUGGCUCAGUGAUUAAUGUAACUAAAUGUUCAUUUGGUUUAUUGGCCGAGAAUAUAAUGUGAUAAAUAUUCACCAAAUUAUAUUCUAUUUACUCAGUACUUAAAUAGUUAAGGAUAAACAGGUAGUACCUAGAUAUUAAUUGUUAUCAUUCAAUAUACCUACCUAACACCUCUCAUGAGUACUCACAAUACUAUUACUAUUAAUAAAAGGUGAUUUAUCAGAAGGAUGUUAAUUUAUUUAUGGCCAAUACUAGUUGUUAAUAUUAUAGUACUUCACAUUAUUUCAACAAAAGAGAAUUGUACUUAUACUUUCAUUACUACAAAAUACUAUGGUUUAUAUAAUUACAAUUUACAAAGUUUUACAAUCAGUUUAAAUUUAAUUCAGUUACAUUGGUGAAUGUUAUAAUCUAUACACCUAUUAUAAAGUUAAUAUGCACUUAAUUUGAUUCAGAUUGUUGAGCAUACACCCUCUGAGAUAUUGCUUUGGGUCCUUUGAGUAUUCCGACCAAAAUGGAGGAUGCUUUCCAUACUCGGUUAAAAAUAAUGCAUGAUUCUGUGCAGUCAUACAUAACAUCUGCUCAAAGUGUGCUACAGGAGAGAUCAGAUAGUGAGUAUAUCAGUAAAUUGAGGAUGGUUGAGUCCAAAUUGAAAGGAGCUACAGAAAGGCUUGCAUUUGAAGUAUGCAACUAUUCCAAAACUGUUAAGGAACCUGAUACUGAGAAAAUCACUCAAUAUACACUGGGACAGAUACAUGCUGAGGAUUUAAUAGCUGAAAUAAGUGUGACUAUUAAGCAAAAUAUCCAAGAUAGCCCAACAGUUUUAGCCAGUAACAAAAAUGUUAAAACAUGUAACAAGCUGCCGAAGAUGGAGCUAGCAAGAUUUGAUGGCAAUGUUCUCAAGUGGUACCAAUUUUGGGAUCAGUUUUCAUCUAAUGUAGAUAGCAGGGACAUUAGUGAUGUUGAUAAAUUGUUGUAUCUACAAUCUGUCCUCACGGAUGAUGCAAAGCAGGCUGUUGAAGGAUUGGACACAACAAAUAAAAAUUACCAAAUAGCCGUUAAUACUUUGAAGGAGAGGUUUGGGAAGCCAGGGGCAAUUAUAGAUGCGCAUUAUGUAGCAUUAUACAGAAUUAAAACAGCACAUAGUAAUCAAAUCAAAGAUUGUAGACAGGUUUUUGAUGAAAUUGAAAGACAUCUUAGAGUUUUGAGUUCUUUGGGGGAAGAUGUAAACCAUAACCAUCUUAGAGUUAUGAUUAUGGAAAAAUUCCCAGAGGAUCUAAUUUAUGAACUGAAAAUGAAAAUGGCAGAUGAGGAAGAAACAAUUGACAACAUAAGAAAAUAUUUGGAAUAUAUUAUAUCAGCCAAGGAGACAUCUAACAGACUAAAAAGGAAAUCAAUAAAUACAGAUAACACAGACGAUGAGAUAACUGAUGAAGGAAAACCCAUCUCCAAAAAUAUUACAAUAGGUACUCUGCAUGCCGGAUCUGAAGAAAUGCAUAGUAAUAAACAUAACAGACACAGACAUACAAAUUUCAAAGGAGAUAAGCCCAAAUUAUUUUCAAAGCAAUUUGUCAAGCCUAAAUUACAUCCUCGAAAACGGCCAUUGGACCACACUGACCGCAAUGACGAGCCACCUGCAAAGAAAUCUAAAAGGUGUGUUUUCUGUAUGCAAGAUCAUUUUAAUGACGAGUGUACUAAAUUUAAAACCAUCCAGGAACGAAAGGCCCAACUGGGAAAUCGCUGUUACAAUUGUUUCACUUCAGGGCAUAGGGCAGAAAACUGCCGUUCCAAACGAAAAUGUAGACACUGUAAUAAGUUUGGUGCACACAACCGAGCUUUAUGUCCCACUAAGUCAUUACAACCUGCCCAAAGUAUACCAGCUAAUAGCUUACACACUACAACAGAAUUAAACACCACAUUAUUACAGACUUGUUUAGUUGAUGUGACUAAUCCAGUAGAAGUUACAAAACAUACGCAGUGCAGGGUGUUACUUGAUUGCGGUAGUCAGCGUUCAUACAUCACUGAAUCCGCAAGUAAAAAAUUAGGUUUACAUAUUAUUGACAGAAUUAUUCUUUCUAUAUUUACCUUUGGAGCGAAAUCACCGCAUGAGAUUGAAAGCCCCACAGUUAAAUUUAAAAUAACUACUCGAACCGGUGUCACGCGAGUUAUAUAUGCAAAUGUAGUACAUUAUAUCACCCAUGAUAUACAAACACCAAUCUGUCAAUACCAAUCAGACAUAUUCAAUAAUCCGGAGCUUAAAAAUCUUAUAAUGGCAGACGAUGGCUCCUAUGGCAGUAAAGUAGAUAUAUUAAUAGGUAAUGACUAUUACCAUUCGUUCAUGAACCAACAAAAAAUCGCGGUUACCCCAGAUCUUUACUUGGUUAAUUCUGAUUUUGGUUGGGUGUGGUCAGGGAAACUUAAUAGACCUGUUGAUAGUCCUGAUAAGUUAACAAUAUUGACAUAUUUCCAAUCAAAUAGUGUGUUUGAGGACAAACUGACUAAACCUGACCCGCCGCUAAAAUUAAACGAAGUCAAAAGACUAUGGGAUUUAGAAUCGAUAGGAAUAACAGACUCACCAACUUCUUCUCGUGAUGAAGAAGCUGUUAAGCAGUUUAAUAAAACAAUUGUACUCAAAGACAAUAGAUAUCAUGUCCAAUGGCCGUGGACUGAACUAGUUCCUAGUCUCUCUAAUAAUUUAGGGUUAGUGUGGGGUCGUCUUAAAAGUUUAACAAGGCGCUUAGAUAACACAGAAUUAAAGGCAUAUGACGCCGUCUUGCAGGAACAGCUGCGUGACGGAAUCAUUGAGUUAGUAUCAAACCCUAAUGCCCCCCGAACACAUCCAAUUCACUAUCUACCACACCAUUGCGUUCGGCAUCGAGACAAACCGGAAAAACUUCGAAUAGUUUAUGACGCUUCAGCUAAGACGGGAGAUGGCCUUAGUCUUAACGAAUGUUUAUACCGGGGACCGUUAAUGUUAGAAGAUCUUACAGGAUUAUUAAUUAAAUUUAGGGAACACCCUAUAGGCAUAGUAGCAGACGUAGAAAAGGCAUUUUUACAAUUAGGUCUCCAAAACCAAGAUAGAGAUGUAACUCGUUUUCUUUGGCUCAAAGAUGUUAACCGUGAAGUUUGCACGGAUAACAUUUUACACCUACGUUUUUGCCGUGUUCCAUUCGGGGUUAUAUCAAGUCCAUUUUUGCUUAAUGCUACUAUCAGAUACCAUUUAAUGAAAUCAAAUAACAAUCUGAUGAAACGAAUGGCAGAGGAUAUAUAUGUUGAUAAUGUAGUAACAGGUACCCAAACAAUUUCGGAAGCACGAAACCUAUUUAAAGUAUCCAGAGAAACAUUCGGUAAUUUGUCCAUGAAUUUACGAGACUGGAACUCCAAUUCAAAGGAGUUUGUCGCAUUUAUACCAGAUAAGUUUCGAGCUCACGUUGACGAUCAAGUUAAGGUACUCGGGUUGAUAUGGAACAUACACAAUGAUUAUUUAUACUUGAAUAUUAAACUUACUACUGACGAUUUGGAUAGGGUUCAAUCAAAAAGAGAUGUUCUGAAAACUAUUGCUUCCAUUUAUGACCCUUGCGGCCUAGCAAUACCAGUAAUGCUUCCAGCUAAACUUUUCUUUCAGAAAUUAUGGAAGGAAAAGAUAAAAUGGGAUGUAAAAUUUAACAAUACUUUAAUUUCUGAAUGGCAACAUAUAGCUUCUAAAUUUGCUCAUUUAAAGGACAUUCGCAUUGAGCGCUAUUACUCGCGUAGUUUAAACAGAGACAAGUUUUCUAAUAAAAUUGAGUACGAGUUGCAUUGCUUUACAGACUCGUCCAAAGAAGCUUAUGCUGCAGUAAUUUACUUGAGAAGUUGUUUGGGCAAUAACAAUACUAUCAGUUUUAUUAUUGGCAAAAGUAGACUGGUCCCUUUAAAGGAUCAGGAUAACUUACAGAUCCCAAAAUUAGAAUUGUUAGGAGUACUAAUUGGAUAUAGGCUCAUAAACCAUGUAAUGAAAUUUGUACGACUUAACAUAGGAAAACAAUUUCUGUGGACAGACAGUCAAGUAGUUUUAAACUGGCACCAAUCAGACAAACUCCUCCCGCCAUUUGUUUCACGUAGAAUCAACGAAAUAAAGCAAAAUAAAGUUUUAACACUCAGGUAUGUGCCAACUGAACUAAAUCCUUCUGAUGUAGGUACUAGGGCAGACCGUGUGGAUUCAUACAAUAUCUGGCUAAACGGUCCUGAUUUUUUAAGACACGAUUCAAAUAAUUGGCCUGUUUAUCACACAAACACAAAUAUUGCACCAACACAAAAUUUAGUGGCCGGGGAGGGUCUUACGAGUAAUAUACCUACAAAUAAUUCAGACAUACAGGUUUCCGAUAAAACAGAGCAAAUAACGGUAAAUAAUUCCAACAAGUCUGAACAGGAACAUACCAAUAAAAUAUUAGACCUUCAGGCAGAAUACUUCCCUAAAGAGGUCAAUGACAAUGUGACUGAUCUGUCAAGAUCACUCGGCCUAUUUAAAGAUCAAGAUGGAGUAAUUAGAUGUCGGGGUAGAUUUAAACACACAGAUCUAACAAUUGAUCAACAAGAACCAAUUUUACUACCCAAGAACUCAACAUUCACAAAAGAGAUUAUAUUAAAUUUGCAUCAGAAAAAUUACCAUGUUGGUGUGUCGCAUACUUUAGCAUUAUUGAGGCAAAAAUUUUAGGUCCCACAAGGGAGAUCAAUAGUUCAAAGUGUAAUAAGGAAGUGUCCACAGUGCAUAAAAUACGGCGGGGGUCCGUUUAAAUUACCACCAAUGCCUGAUUUACCAGCAGAAAGAGUGAAGCUCAGUUUGCCAUUCACCUUUACAGGUCUAGAUUAUUUCGGACCGCUAUUCGUUGAUGAAGGCCAAAAAGAGAAACGAUGGGUCUGUCUCUUUACAUGCUUAACAAUUAGAGCCAUACAUAUGGAAAUAGUAAAAGAUUUGACGGCUGAAGAGUGUUUACUAGCAAUUAGAAGAUUCAUAGCAGUAAGAGGUUUUCCACAGCUGAUUAUAUCAGACAAUGCUACACAAUUCAAGCUCACAGCAGAUAUAUUAACCUCUGAUUAUUGUAUACAGAAUAACUUACGAUGGAAGUUUAUACCAGAACUGGCACCCUGGUUUGGUGGAUUUUAUGAACGCUUGAUAG